AAAUUUCGAUCAGAGAUUCAUAAUCUGAUUUCGAUCAGUCCUCAAAUUAGGGUUUCUACCAGAGAAGGGUUUAAUCAAUUCAAAAGCCAAUUCUGAUAAAAAAAAAAAAAACAUGUUAAGACUAAGUAGAUUAACGAAACAAAUGAAUAACACAGCAAAAUCUUCAAUUUUGUUAUCUCAAAAUUAUCAACUCAAAGAUGCCAUCAUUACUGAUCCUCUCCCUUCUGAUCAUCUCUUCCACAAAUCUUCAAAUCGAUUUCUUGACAUUUAUCAGCUUGGAAAUAAAGCAGCUAUUGAGAAAGAGCGUGCGAGGCUUGCAGAUGAGAUGAAUAGGGGUUAUUUUGCUGAUAUUGCUGAGCUUAAGCAACACGGUGGUAAGAUUGCGAUGGCAAAUAAAAUAAUAAUUCCUGCAAUGGCAGCCGUGAAGUUUCCCCACUUGGAAGUGAACGAUUCUAAAGGUAACUUUUUGAAGUUGCCUAUUGGGGCCAACGGAAAUGCAGCUGAUGCUACCGCAACUACUAAUCCUAAAGCAUCUUUAAUUUGUCUUUCCUUUCGGGCAAGCUCUCAGGCAAUGGUUGACUCCUGGACAACACCUUUCCUAAAUGUUUUUCAUGAUGCGGAUAAUAUUCAUCUCUAUGAGGUCUCAUUUAUAGACUCAUGGCUCUUAUGUCGGAAUCCAAUCAAGCGUCUGCUGCUCCGGAUAAUGAGGAAAUCUAGUACCGAUGCAAACAAUGCACUCCAGAAGCAGAUUGUAUAUUCAUUUGGUGACCAUUAUUACUUCAGAAAAGAACUUAAAAUAUUGAACCUUCUCACCGGUUAUAUUUUCCUGCUCGACAAGUUUGGUAGAAUAAGAUGGCAGGGCUCUGGAUUGGCUGCAGAAGACGAGCUAUCCUCUCUCAUCUCUUGCAUGUCGUUUUUAUUGGACGAGAAAUGAGGGAUUGGCCUAUGAAGACAAUCUUUCUGUUCUUUUUAUUCAUUUGAAUUCUUUCUCCAACUUCUUGAGUUGAGUUGCAAUGCAAUAGUUGGUUUAAUAAUCUUAAACUAUAAAUACGGAAAAAGAUUUUGAACCUGUUUGGUUCAACUGUUGCGGUUAUUGUUGGAACUGUUUGAUGA